UAUGUUAAGAAGAUUGAUUCGAUUCCAAUUUUGCUCUCUACAAGAUUAAAUUAGGAAAUAAUAGAAUUCUUAUAGUAAUAUAACUGAUAAAAUGAUAUCAUAUGUUGGUAGAGAUCUACAUAAAAUACCUUCACAUCCUUUAGGUAUAAUAAAGAAUAGAAUUGAAACAUUUUUUCAAAAUGAAGCUAUAACAGAGAAGCAAAGUAAAUAUCCUAUGAAGUACAAAAUUAUUGAUAAUCUUUCUCCAAUUGUAUCAGUAAAGUAGGUAAUUUAUGUAAAUAAUUAUAAAGAAUUUUGAUUCAUUAUUAGUGCCUCCUGAUCAUCCAAGCAGAAAAAAAAGUGACACUUAUUAUAUUAAUGAGAAUACUUUAUUAAGAUGUCAUACUUCAGCUCAUUAAGUUGAAUUAAUAGAAAAUAAUGUUGAUGCAUUUGUAGUAGUUGGAGAUGUUUAUAGAAGAGAUGAAAUUGAUGCAACACAUUAUCCAGUCUUUCAUUAAGUAGAGAUAGUCAGAAUCUUUUAAUAAGAUUAAUUCUCAUCUAAAUAUUUACAACAUUAAAUAUAAGAAUCUAUGGAUGAUUUAAAAGAAACUCUAGAAAGAUUGACAAGACAUUUAUUUGGUGAUGUAUAAAUGAGAUGGGUUGAAACUACAUUCCCAUUUACUAAUCCAUCAAUGGAAUUAGAGAUUUAUUUUUAAGAUAAAUGGUUAGAGGUACUUGGAUGUGGAGUUAUUCAUUAAGAUUUAAUGAAGAAUUGUUAAGUAUAUAUUUAUAUCAAUCCAGAGACUCACUGAAGUUGGAUGGGCAGCAGGUUUGGGAUUAGAAAGAUUAGCUCUCCUCUUAUUCUAAAUCCCAGAUAUUAGAUUAUUUUGGUCAUAAGAUCCUAGAUUUCUCGAUUAAUUUAGAGCUGGUUAAAUAAAUAAAUUUUAACCAUUUAGCAAAUAUCCAAGUUGUUAUAAAGAUGUUUCUUUUUAUGUUGAUCAUAAAACAUGGGAAGAAAAUGAUUUGCAUUCAAUUAUUAGAGAUAUAGGAGGAGAUUUAAUAGAAAAAGUAGAAUGUGUAGAUACAUUUUACAAUAAAAAGAAAGACCUUACAAGCAAAUGUUAUCGAAUUCAUUAUAGAAGUUUAGAAAGAACACUUUAAAAUGAAGAAAUUGAUGUCUUGUAAUUUAAAAUAAGAGAUUAAAUUAAAGGUAUUUUAAAAUUAGAGUUAAGAUGA